CAAAACACUGUCUUCAUGCAGGGACUGUUUAAAUGCAGUGCCUGUGUAUUGCUUGUCUUAUGCCCUGAUUAAUAAUUUAAAUGAUUUUUAUUUUUGGGUAUGCAGUCACUGAGCUGAGCUGCUUUGUUUCACACCUACAUAUAGAGAAAUUAUUUAUUGAUUUUAAACAUUUGUGGCAUGCUGUUUUCUGGUGAGUAUUAUUUUUGUUUUUCAUUGUUUAUUUGCAGAGAAAAAAAGAGCAAAGAGCAAAAUUUGAGGAGUUUUAUAUAUAUAUAUACCGAAAAGCAUUGCAUAUACAAUUAUUAAAUAUUUCUGUUGUUAUUUUCAUAAUAAUAUAAAAAUAUUGAAAAUGUCUAUUAAAUAUUUUGAUUAUUUAUUCUAUUAAUUAUUUUCUUAAUAUUCAAUAGAAAAUUCUCAGUCAACCUCAAACAGUAGACUACUGUAAUUAUUUUUUAUAAAACAUCCUGAAAAGAAAACCGACCUUAUUGACUUUUUGAAAAGUGUUUCUUUUUCUGUUUCUUUCUCUUUUAAAUGUAUUUUUGGAUGGCUUUGCUAUGUGGAAAUGUGCUAUAUAAAUAAAAUGUACUUUAUGUAUUGUAAAUGAUUACCUGCACAUUAUUCCAAUAUAUAUUAAUUCCUAUAGAUGUGCUGUUUUGGCAUUUUGUGUUGUCUUGGUAGUUGUUUAGUUUGGAUGCAGUAGUUUUAAUCUUCAUGCAAAGAACGUUUUUGCAUGAUGCAUUUAAAAGUUAAUAACCAAGCGUAUGUUUAUAAAAGUGCAUAUAGCAGUAACAUAUCUAAUGCAGUGAUAUAUAAAUACUUUUUGGGCAGCUGUAUGACAAAGCAAAAUCUCUGGUCAACGUGUUUAUCAUGAAAAAGUAAUUAAAGGGAUACAAUAAAACAUUAAUGCACAAAUAAUGAUUAUCAUUAAUGGAAUAAUCAGCCGUAGAAGACGCAUAUAAAAUUGGUUUGGCUCAAAAAUAUGAUGGUACUCGCUCCUUACCUUAAUAUUCAUGAGCCAAACCUGCGCCUCAUUUAAAUAUCGUGACGCGUCAGCAAAGUAGUUUCUCUGUUUUGAUUUUCACUUUCAUUCACUUUUGAAGUAGGUCUUCUAGUGAUUUCCUCUAACGGAGCGUGAGAAUGGAGAACUACGGUCUUCUCUCUGAGAAUAAUGUACCAGUUCCUCUGAAGAGCAUCUCGGUGCAGGUUCGGGUUCAGGAUCAUGUAGCCACAGUCUCCUCCACUCUGCAGUAUGUGAAUGAGGAAGAGCGCCCCCUGGAGGCCUUGUUCGUCUUCCCUCUGCCUGCUGAUGCUGCUGUCUGCCACUUCAGUGCCAAGAUCGGAGAGCAGGAGAUUGUGGCAGAGGUGCAGGACAGAGAAAGCGCGAGGGAUCAGUAUGAUGAUGCUGUGAGUUCGGGUCAGCAGACGUUUCUGUUAGAAAAGAGCGCUGAGAGUCCUGAUGUGUUCAGACUGUGUGUGGGGUGUCUGUCGGCGGGUCAGGACGCUGCUGUCACCAUCAUCUACAUCACUGAGCUUGCUGUGCAGGCCGACCACUCGCUGCGCUUCUGUCUGCCGGCUGUACUCAACCCUCGAUACACACCAGCAGGUUCAGGUGCUGGUAUCGUCUCAGAGAUUUCAUCAGGAUGUGGAGCUGUUCCCUACACGCUGACUCUCAGUGUCCAUGUGAGCUCUCCAAAGCCCAUCUCCAAACUAGAGUCCAACUCCUCUCUGGAUCCUCUAGUGUUCCUGCAGUCUGAUCACACUCAGGCCACGGUGAAUCUGAGUCCUGGUCACAUGUUUGAUAAGGACUUUGAGCUGUUUGUGUUCUAUCAGGAUACCCAUCAGCCCUCUGCUAUAGUGGAGGCAGGAGUGACCACUGCCCCGCCAGGCUCUCUGAUGAGGGACACAGUGGUCAUGAUAAGUUUGUACCCAGAGUUCCCAGAGGAAGUGACAUCAUCACUGGCAUUUCGAGGUGAAUUUGUUUUUGUGAUUGACAGAUCAUGGAGUAUGGACAAAAAGAUGCAUCAUGGGACAAGAGCACAGAAACGCAUUGAAAGUGCAAAAGACACUCUGCUGUUAUUGUUGAAGAGUCUGCCCAUGGGAUGCUACUUCAAUAUCUAUGGAUUUGGCUCUCAUUUUGAGUCCUUCUUCCCUCAGAGUGUCGUGUAUAAUCAGGAAACAAUGGAUCAGGCUCUGAAGAGAGUGAAGGAAAUGAAAUCAGACAUGGGCGGCACAGAGAUUUUAACGCCUCUAAAACACAUCUACAGUCAGCGCUGUCACCCCGAUCACCCCAGACAGCUCUUCGUCUUCACUGAUGGAGAGGUGGGAAACACUAAAGAGGUGCUGGACCUGGUGAAAAGUCACGCUCACUCUCACAGGUGUUUCUCGUUCGGGAUUGGUGAGGGUGCGAGUGCCGCCCUCAUCACAGGAAUGGCCAGAGAGGGAUCUGGUCACGCUCAGUUCAUCACAGACACAGACCGCAUGCAGCCCAAAGUGAUGCAGUCGCUCAGGUUUGCUCUGCAGCCCGCUGUGGUUAAUAUCUCUGUGGAUUGGACCCUUCCAGAUGGUCUUACUGUUGAAACACUGUCUCCUCCCAUCAAUGUGCUCUUCCAGGGUCAAAGGACACUCAUUUAUGCCCAACUGAAAGGAGAGAGUUCAGGAGGCUCUGAGGGAACAGUGACCGUCAAAUACAGUCUUAAAGAUCAACCAGUAACAAACCAGCUCCACUUCUGCCUCAAACCCACUGAGGAAACUGGUCUGUCCAUCCACCGGCUGGCGGCUCGGACCCUGAUCCGUUCUCUGGAGCAGGAGAAGAGGUCAGGUGCUGCAGAUGUUGAGGGCAUCAGGAGCAGGAUGGUGGAGCUCAGUGUUCAGGCAGGAGUGAGCAGUGUUCAUACAGCCUUCAUUGCUGUUAAUAAAGACAGCAGACAGACUGUGAAAGGACCCCUGCAGCAGAGAAGAGUGCAGACAUGCGAUUAUUCAGAUUUCAUUCACGCACUUGCUGCGCCAAUAUGUGGGCGGAGUACAAUCAACUAUUGCAUAGACAUCGAUUCAUUGUCACUAAAAGCCGCUCAACCGGUUCAGCCACCGGCAUCUAAAUUCAGAGAAUAUAAACAAGCUAAGCCUAAAUCACUGCUGGGGAAACUGGGUCAAGCCCUGUCUCGUAAUCAUGAUUCUAAAUCGUUUAGACACUCAAGGAUGAUGGUUGAAGGCUGUCGUGCAUCAUCGGCAAGAAAGGUAGAGCCCCAGAAGGAUCUGUUACUGGAGCUGGUUUCUCUCCAAAAGGCGUCCGGCUGCUGGGAUCUGGACGCCACACUGGCCGAUGUGUUUGGGAAGACGGAGGAUGAGCUGACCAAUCAGAAACCAGCACAGGUGGAUGGGUCAGUAUGGGCCACUCUCCUGGCUCUGAUCUGGUUAUACGGCUGUAAAAUAGAGCAGCAGGUGGAGUGGCAGUUUGUGGCCAUGAAGGCAGCGUCAUGGAUCGGCUCUCAGAAAGUGGGUGAUCUGUCUCAGUGUGUGUGUGCGGGGAAUGUCCUGCUCGGAUGUCAGGUGACCAAAGAGACUCUGGGAAUCUGAAGACGUCUGUGUUUCUACAUCCUGAUCCCUCAGAAGACAGAAGAACAGAUUCUGUUACUUUAACCGUUUCUCUAUUACUUGUCUCAGUGAAGUUGAAUUAAUUUUAUUUGCUCAAAUCUACACCAAAUUCUAAAUAUAUGAACUGCACUAUCAUUUGAGAUUUAUGCACCAAAGUAUAAUAAAUAAAUCAAAUGUUUCCAAGAAUAAAAUACAUAUUUUUUA